GUGCAAGCUGUCAUUUUGGCGCCGCUUGCUGUUCACCCGGACUUUCAAUCCAAAGGUAUUGGGGGCCAGCUGAUUCGUGAAGGCCUGAGAACUGUGGAAGCCAAAGGAACUGGCUUGGCUUUUGUCCUCGGGCAUCCGGGCUACUAUCCGAAGCAUGGCUUCAAGCCUGCUGGAGCCCUUGGCUAUGAUGCACCUUAUCCCAUCGAGGACAAGAAUGCAGAUGCAUGGAUGGUCCAGGCCUUGGGCGAGGCCGUGGGCGAGAGUGCCAUCUCAGGCGCGCGCAGUACAGU